AUGACUGAAAGAGUAGCCUGCGCAGACAGACAGACAGAGAGACAGAGAGACAGACAGAGAGGAGGACUCUGAGUCCGGUUAACGGUGCUGUUACCGAACCUGCGAACAGAGACACGCAGCGAUGAGACAUGUCACCUUUACUUCAACAUAGCAGCGUGGAUGUGUAUCAAUGGAUGUAGUACGUCGAGGGCAGCCUAACCUCGCUGUUGUCGAAACAAGAUGAUAAAAAACUGGGGUGUCAUCGGUGGGAUAGCUGCUGCGAUUGCAGCUGGAGUUUACGUUUUGUGGGGCCCAAUUACAGAGAGAAAGAAGAGAAAGAGAGGUAUGGUUCCUGGUCUGUUGAACUUAGGCAACACCUGCUUCCUGAACUCUUUGCUUCAGGGUUUGGCAGCAUGUCCGUCCUUCAUCAGGUGGCUGGAGACGUUUUCAGGCUCGCCUAUGAUCCAGUCGUGCAAAGACAACCGGCUGUCCACGACACUGCUUCAGCUUCUCAAUGCUCUGUCCAGUGAUGAGCCUGGGGAGGAAGAUGUACUUGAUGCCGGGUGCCUCCUGGAUGUUCUUAGACUGUACCGGUGGCACAUCAGUUCAUUUGAAGAGCAGGAUGCACAUGAACUGUUUCAUGUCCUCACAUCUUCUCUGGAGGAGGAGCGUGACCGUCAACCCAAAGUCGCUCACUUGUUUGACAUGGAGUCUCUCGAGAGUCUCCCUGAUCAAGAUGAGAAAAGUAUGGCCUGCAGAAGUCGAGCCCCUCUUCAUCCAAUACCAAGUCCUUGGAAGUCUCAGCAUCCUUUUCAUGGUCGUUUAACAAGCAAUAUGUCAUGCAAGCGCUGCGAACAACAAAGUCCGGUGCGGUAUGACUCAUUUGAGAGCCUCUCCCUGUCCAUCCCUUUACCUCAGUGGGGUCGACCUAUCUCUCUGGAUCAGUGUCUUCAGCAUUUCAUCUCCUCAGAAACCAUCAAAGAAGUGGAGUGUGAAAACUGCACCAAGCUUCAACAAGGGACCACAGUAAAUGGGCAAGUUCUGGAAAGCCAGAGGACAACAUUUGUUAAACAGCUCAAACUGGGAAAGCUCCCCCAGUGCCUCUGCAUCCAUCUACAAAGACUGACGUGGUCCAGUGAAGGAACCCCCAUCAAAAGACAGGAGCAUGUGCAGUUCACAGAGUAUCUAUCGAUGGACCGCUACAAACACAACGCUUCCACACACAGAAGUCAGCGGAUCAAAUGUGCUCCGAGCCCCAUAAGGGCAGAAAACUCAGAUGAUUCCACGGAAAAGCCCUCUGCUAAUGGCACUGAAGCGGAGCAUCGUAACAACAACAACAAACCUUUUUCGAACGGAACAUGUUCAUCUUUGCUUCUUCAGUCUCCUGGUGUGACCUCACAGCUCGGCCUCACAUAUGACUACAGUUCUACAGAGUACCUUUUCCAGCUCACGGCUGUGCUGGUUCACCACGGUGACAUGCACUCAGGACAUUUCGUCACGUACCGCCGCAGCCCAUCCUCACCCCGCACUUCCUCACCUUUCAGCUCCCAGUGGCUUUGGGUGUCAGAUGACUCGGUGCGAAAAGCCAGCCAGCACGAGGUGCUGUCUUCCAACGCCUACAUGCUCUUUUACGAGAGAGUCCGAAGACUGAACCUCGCUCUGCGCUCAGAGGAGUAACCGGAAGCUCUCAACCUAACAGCCUGACUGACUUCUGCCUUUCCAGUCAAACUGUCGCAGCUGUGUGUGCCAGUUACAAAGCGGUUACCAUCAGGUGGAUUAUGACUUUGUGACAAUGAGACCAGAGAGGAAAGCCAUCCUAGAGUUACUGCGGAGGUCAUGCAUCACGGAUCACAGCAACACGUUGAAGGUCGUUGAAUGAUCCAGAGUAGGAGGCUCUCAAUCCCAAAGAUUAUGGACCUGCAGGAUUUUUAGUCAGACAUCGUGUAAACUACUUUGCUUUGACACGUGUAACAAUUUCUGUCAUGCAACAUUUUGGCUUCUAUGGGACAAAAAAACAGGAACACUUGACAGUAUAGUGCACUCUAAAGUAAUAGCCCUGCAAUACAUUGUUCAUGUGUGAAGCUUAUUAAGUCGACUAAACUCUGUGGCAUUUUUAUGAAGCUGUAGUUGUUCCUGUUGUUUUGUCCACUGCCUGUACAUUACAGACACAGAAGUAGCUAAUUAGGAAUUACUGGAGAUGUUACGUAGAAGUUGUUACAUAUUAUGAAGUCAAAUAGUUCUGGUUCUCUAUCGUCUAAUCUAAUUUGCCUAAUCUUUCCCAGCAGUGAACGUAAAACUAUUGGAAUUAAUGUUUCAAUUGACAUAUUUAAGCAGUUGAAUUUGAUAUUUUUUCUACGUUUCCAAUAAUCCUUACACUGUCAUGAUGUGCAGUUGAGGUUAAAGUGCCAUGUAGUCUUUAAAGCUCGAGAUUUUUAACACAUGAAGCCAUGUGUGCUGCAGCUGAUGUGAACACACUAUGAUGCAUCAGAGCCAUUUGGACUCAGUUCACCAGAUUAUUAACAAUAAUCUGCUCUCAGUUAAUAAAGACACAGUGUGACUGCAGGUUUUUGGUAAAGUAAUCCUGAAUAUGUUUAAUUCUGUGCAGCUGCCACUGCUCCUACCAAACCAACUCAGUCAAAUUGAGAAAUGGCAUGGUGCAAAAGUCCCUCAUUAAUGUUUGCGAUUUGCACUAAUGUAAAUUCAUGUGAGAUUGUGUGUAUUUGUGUGCAAUCUGUAAAGGUGAUUGUUUUCAGGUAUUAAAAACAAACAAACAUGCACUGUAGAGUUUUAUUUGUUUAGAGCAAAAUAAUGAUUUGCUACUUGAGAAAACAGUGAUGUGUGCCAGCAGACACACUUAAGAUCAAGCACCCACUUUUUGAAGCGUCCUUAAUGAAAACACUGAAUCUCUGGUGAAGCAUGCGGCCCCUCUAUUUCCUCUAUAGAGAUAAGAGGUACAUUUUUCAUAAGAAUAAAUGCAAUGCAUAAUUUAAAGGGGUAAAUGCUCCUUAGUGCUAAAGGCUGACAACAUAAUCUUUUAGUUUACCAUUUACAGAUAACUGGCAACAGCCGAGGACGGAUUACAGUUUUUU